UGUGUGGUGUGUGUGUGCUGUGUGUGGAGUGUGUGAUGUUUGGAGAGGGGCAGGAGGAGCUGUAGCGGUCAGACUCACUCCUCCGCUGCGCUCUCGCCUCGUCCUCGGCCGCUGCAGCAGCUCCUCGCGCGGCUGCACUUUUCCUCUCCUUUUUUCCAUUUUGUUUCGGUUUUUUCCACUGGCGCCACGAGAUUUUUGGAGCAUGAAAAACUGCAACGAGCGACAACAAAGCACGCGACCGAGGAGAGCGCGCGCGCCCGGACUUUGCACUUUAUAUUUAUUCAUCUUUAGUCUGGAACUGAAGAGGAGCCAAACUGCACCGCUGGACUCGGAUGUGUUUGCGUUCUUCCAUGAGGGGGGCCAGGGCUGUCUGGGGGUGCAGGGCCACACCCUGGUCCUGUCCCGUAGCUGUGAGGACGAGUACCAACGCUGGAAGUGGGUGUCCCGAAACCGCCUCUUUAACCUGGGCUCGUCGCUCUGCCUGGGGGUGACCACAGGGAACUACAGCGCCCGUUCAGACCAAGCUCUUCUGGGGAGGAACUACAGUGCCCGGUCGGACCGCUCUCCUCUGGGAGUGUACAGGUGCGACCGCGAGCCCCCACGGGUGCGAUGGACCUGGGGCUGUGCACAAGUGCUGGACAAUCUGAAUAAUUACCUGCCCGCGCCGUCACUGUGGAACACGUCCACCGUGUCGUACCCGGCCGGACUCAACUGGAGACUCCACGGAGACAACCAGGACCUGUGCUCCAGGAUGAACCAAGAGAUCUUCACGAUCCAGGGGAACUCUCACGGCCGGCCCUGCUUCUUCCCCUUCCUGUACGAUGGUCAGUGGUUCCACAGCUGCACGAGCAUCGGCCGAGAGGACGGCCAUAUUUGGUGCGCCACGACCUACGACUAUGGCAAAGACGAGCGCUGGGGAUUCUGCCCCGUCAACGAUAAAGGCUGUGAGACGUUCUGGGACACUGAUCCUUUGACUGACAGCUGUUACCAGUUUAACUUCCAGUCGACUCUGUCGUGGAGCGAAGCGCGUACCAGCUGUCGCCAACAGGGGGCGGACCUCCUCAGCAUCACCAAACUGCACGAGCAGACCUACAUCAGCGGGUUACUGACGGGCUACAGCGCCGCCCUGUGGAUCGGCCUGAACGACCUGGAUGUGAACGGAGGCUGGCAGUGGGCCGACUCCUCACCGCUCAAAUAUCUGAACUGGGAGCAAGACCAGCCGAGCCACGAGGACGAGGAGAACUGUGUCGCGAUCAGGACAGAGUCGUCAGGACGAUGGCAGAACAGAGACUGUUCUGUGGCUCUGCCGUACGUCUGCAAGAAGAGGCCCAACUCCACCCUGGACCCCUUCACCACAGACUCGUGGGCGGACGAUGAGAGGUACGACUGUGAUGUCGGCUGGCAGUCGUUCCAGGCCGGAUGUUACAAACUGAACUCAGAGAAAAUGGACUGGGACGCGGCGCAGAAGAACUGUCAGAAGAUGGAGGCCAACCUGGUCAGCAUCCACACGCUGCCCGAGCUCGAGUUCCUCCUCACCAACGUCAAGAAAGAUGUGGAGCAGGUGUGGAUCGGUCUUCAUGACACUAACAUGCAGAUGGACUUCCAGUGGACUGACCACACUCCGGUCAUCUUCACGCACUGGCACCCGUAUGAGCCCAACAACUUCCGCAACACGCUUGAGGACUGCGUCUCCGUCUGGGGCCCAGAGGGCCGUUGGGACGAUAACCCGUGCAACCUGACCCUGCCCUCCGUCUGCAAGAAACCAGGGACCAAGAGUGACGGCAAACCUCGCCAUCAGGACUGCCAACAGGGCUGGAAGUGGCACAGUCCGUCCUGUUACUGGGUGGUAGAAGACCUCAAAACGUUUGAAGAGGCCAGAAAAGUCUGUGAGGAGCAUAGAUCUGCUCUCGUCACAAUAACCAACAGGUUUGAGCAGGCCUAUGCCAACAGCCUGGUGUUUGGGCGCACGGGGGACAACUUCUGGAUUGGGCUUCAUGAUCAGGGCCGAGCAGGAUCGUACCACUGGCUCACGGGGGACGAAGUGACUUACACCAACUGGAACAGGGACCAGCCAGUGUCGGUGGACGGCAGCGGCUGCGUCUCCAUGGCAACAGGUUACGCCCUAGGCCUAUGGGAAGUGAGAGAGUGCGAUGUGACCAAAGCCAAGUUCAUCUGUCGUCAGACCCAGGACACUUCCCUGAGCCCGGAGCCCCCCGCCCCUGACCCCGCCCCUCACCCCACCCCCAGCCUGAGCGGAGCCUGUCCCAGGGGCUGGAAGAGCAACAACAACCUGCGCUACUGCUACAAGGUGUUCCAUUCGUCUCAGAUGGAGCAGAGGUUGAGUUGGCUCCAGGCUCAUCUCUUCUGUCGCACACACGGAGCAAACCUCCUGAGCAUCAGUGGAGCAGAGGAGGAGCAGUUUGUGAUGCAGGUUCUCAACGAGGCCUUUGGAGACUCAGAGGACGAGGAGCAUCGCUGGUUUUGGAUCGGGCUGAACCGAAGGAACCCGACGGACAACGGCAGCUGGAAGUGGAGUGACGGCCUCGCUGUGACCUAUCAGAACUUUGGGCGGUACUACAACAUCCGCCCUUGUGCCGCGGCGAGCCUCGGCACCAUGACGUGGCUGGCCAUGCACUGCGACUCUGAGCUGGACUGGAUAUGCAAGAUCCCUAGAGGAAGUGUUGAGAAAGAGCCUGAGUCAUCUGAAGGGGAAAGUUCUCCAGAGUGGAUUGGUUUUCAGGAGGCGGAGUAUAAGUUCUUUGACCACCGCACGACGUGGGACCAGGCUCAGAGGAUUUGCACGUGGUUUGACUCCUCGUUGGCGUCUGUCCACUCCGCCGACGAAGAGGCUUUUCUGGCCAGUACUUUACGCAAGAUGGUGAAGGUGGAAGGGGACAACUGGUGGCUUGGUCUUCACACGUAUGAAAACGACGGUCGGUUUCGCUGGUCUGAUUUUUCGGUUCUCAACUACGCGUCCUGGGCACUGGGCAGGCCACACCCCCUCAGCCGCGACCGCAAAUGUGUGCACAUCUCUGCCAGCAAAGGGGACUGGUCAGAUCAGAAGUGCCACUCGGACCUGCCUUAUAUUUGUAAAAGGGUCAACGUCACCGGGACCAUUCCCCCCACCCCCGCCUCGCCCCUCCCUCAGGCCGGGUGUCCUGACGGGUGGGCCGCCUAUCGACAUAAGUGCUUCAGGGUAUUUGACCAAGUGAACAAGAUCACAUGGUCAGGAGCCAAACUGAAAUGUGAAGCCAACGGCGGUGUGCUCGCCAUCGUGUCCAACCAUCUGGAACAAGCGUUCGUCACUACUCUGCUGUUCAACACCAGCAUUGACCUUUGGCUGGGCCUGACCUCUGACUCCAAAGGUCAUUUCCAGUGGGGUCAGCCCGGUCUGCUCAGCUACACCAACUGGGCACCCGGAGAGCCGCUGGACAACAGCAGACCACACCACGACAGGACGCCGGGUAACUGUGUGGUUAUGCGUCAUGGCAGCCCUCAGACAAACACUGGGAUGUGGGCGUCCAGAGCCUGUGAGAUGGAGAACCAUGGGUACAUCUGUCAAAGGAAACAAGACCCCGGCCUCCCCCCGGCUCCGCCCCUCGUGCCGUCCCUGCUGAAGCCUGUGGACCUGGGGGGUCUGUCGUAUCGUGUGGUGGAGAAGAGGCUGGACUGGACGGGAGCGCUGUAUCUGUGUGCGUCUUUGAAUGGCACCCUGGCCGCUGUAAGGACGCCCUACGAGCAGGCCUACCUCACCCUCCUCAUCAGCAACCUGCGGCGGCCCGCCUGGAUCGGACUCUACAACUAUGGAAGUCAAAGUUUUACGUGGCUCGGUGAAGAGGAGGGGUUAUAUUCAAACUGGAAAGAGGGAGAGCCCAGUCAGAGUGCUGGAUGUGGUCACAUGACCACGACCGGCGAAUGGGUGAUGACGCCGUGUGACGCCAAACUCGGAGCUGCUCUGUGCCAAAUCGGAGAUGACCUCAUGGUUCACCGCUGGGUGUAUCCGGGCGAGUGUCCUCACGCUGUGGGGGAGUGGGCCUGGGUCCCCUUCAGAAACAACUGUUACGCCUUCAACCUGCAGCACCUGAGGCUACAGCAGGACGCCCGCUCGGCCUGCAGCGACGUGGGGGCGGAGCUUCUCUCCAUUUUGGACGAGACGGAGAAUGAGUUUGUUUGGGAGCACAUCCAGAGCUACUCGGAGCAGGCACACGGGGCCUGGCUCGGCAUCAGCGUCAAAGGCCGCGGUCUGGUGUGGAGCGAGGACACAGAGAUGAACUACUCAAACUGGGAGGCUCAGGCGUUUUCUGUUCUGUCUCCAAACUCCUGCUUCUGGAUCCAGAGCAACACCGGGCUGUGGAAACCAGGGUCCUGCAGCAACCGAACGCACGGGGUCAUCUGCAAACGGCCCAGGAUUACAGAGUCUUCAGCUGUAAUCUCGGACUCCGAGCACCUGCCCACCCUGGUGGUCGUCAUGGUUACGGGUCUGAUCCUGAUCGCUCUGAUCGUCAGUGUGAUUUACCUGUACCGGCGCAGAGCGGUGGGCGCGCGAGGGUCCUAUGAGGGGGCGCGCUACAGCCGCACCAACUCCAGCUCCGCAGAACAAACCGAGAAAAACAUCCUGGUGUCGGACAUGGAGAUAAACGAGCAGCAGGAAGAGUAGAAGAAGAGUAAAAAAAAAAAAACCUCCAGUCCACCCUCUAGUCCACCCUCCUGUCCCGAUCCAAUCCCCUUUCCAGUCCCACCUCCAGUCCCACCUCAAGUCCCUCCUCCAGUCACCCUUCCAGUUCCCCUCUGGUCCAGUUAGAAUUUCAUUGGGCCAGUGAGCUAAAGAGUUCAUGUCAAGCCCUACCAACCCCGUCUGCCCCUGUCCCCCUGUCCCCCCGUCCUACCUUCACUGGGACUGAACCCAGAGAAACUGAAGAUUUGGAUUUACUUCGUUCACAAUGUGGCAUUUUUUAUAUAUAGAGUAAUUUCUUGAAACCAAAAAUCAGAUUUUGAAAGUGCACAGUCUGUGCAGAGCGCAGCACAUGAAUAUUGACUCGUUUUAAAAAGUCUUUUCUAAAGUUUUAUAAGAAAGUUUGGACUAUUUUUCCAUUUUAUCCAAAAUACUCCUGAUACAUUUGAAACUGUGAUGUUGGGUCGUGUUGUAGCUGGAACAUGAUCUUAUGAAAUGCCUCUUGGUGUCUUCCAUGCAGACACGGAACAGGCGCAAAUGUUUUUUUUUAGUUUUUUUUUUUUAGUUCAAUUCAAAAAGAUAAACACAAAAAGGCCUGAGAUUCACUGUUUUUAUUUUAAAUUUAAUGCACAAAGUGUUGAGCAAUCACUGACCUCCCACUAGAGCUCAGGAUGUCAGCUUUACAUUCAUUUUUCCCGCAGACUUUUCCAAAAAUUUAAAUAUAAAGAGUUCAAAGGCAUCAUGGAGGCUAACCAGCUACGUGCUAACGAGCUACAUGCUAACACCUACGUGCUAACUAAUGUCCAUAACGCGGUUGUUUUAAGUUAAAAAAGGCCACUUAUAAUGAAAGAUUUAGCUAAAUCAUUUAACAAUUUAGUGGUUUAUAAAGUUUGCUGUAAGAUUCUGUACGAGGCUCCGCCCACAAGCCUACAUCACCCACGCUCCCACACGACAAUUCUCCAUAAAUAUACAAAAACAUGAUACAAAACUGGACACAGUAACUUGACAAACCUGAUGUGAUGUGCAGUAGUGAUGCAACUGAUUGUGUUGUGAUAGUGCUCUGAAGGGGUGUGACUUAACACAAAGAGCAAACGGAGGGGAGACUCAGAGCGUCAAAAACAAAGUGAAACUUAUAAAACAUGUUAAUAUGGUGUUUUGGGUGAAUAUAACAUUUUUAAAACAAUAAAAGGAAACAUAGAGAUCUGAUUAUGUGAUGUGUUACAGUUAAUUCCCCAUAGCAGUAAAAUACCUCCUCUUUAAUACAACAAUAUAAAGUUUUUGAAACAGAUUUUAAAUAAGAUUACAGGCCUUUAAAUGUUUUAUUUUUUUUCGAGAGUCUGUGGGAAAAAUGAGUGGGACGUUUGUUUCCAGAGCCGUGGGAGAUUUUUUCCUCAAUAAGCCAUAAAAAUGAAAAAAAACAUGUUUGCAGUAUUUCACUAUAUAAAUUCCCCUUUGAAUUGAACUAAAUACAUUCAUUUUAGUUGUUUUGUUUGUUUUUUUGUCCUCAGUUUUUGUAUUUUUAUCCAUAUACGUUUACGGUACAUACAUUUAACCAGGGGCCAAACUGGAUUUCUUGUUUCGUUUUUCCUUUGUCAGUAUUUUUCCAGAGCUCCGGUCACUCCGCUCUUUGGAGGGACACGGCGGCUCCAGAUGUUUUGUAACUCCAGGUGGAACGUGUCCAAAUGUGAACUUGCAUCAGCCACUGUAAAAACCCACAGUAGAACUCACAUUACUACAUCUGCAGUGUGAAAAAUCAGAUCUAAACACAAGUUAUGUCACCUUAAAGCCAAUUUAAAAACGUCAAACUCUCAAAUACCGAGCGUUUUAAUCGUCUAAGCCCAUAGACUGUGUAAAGAAGUGGAUUAAGUGAGUGUGACGUCACUUCCUGUUUCGAACACGGUGGCAGCUAGCAGGUUAGCUACGUCCAUUUAUAUAUACCGUCUAUGGACUAAAUUCUCAAGAUAAUCCAAACUGACAUUAUACAAACAUGUGCCUUUGUGUUUUCGAUGGUUGCCAUGGUGAUCUAGUUUUAAUAUGUGCACAUUUUGGCAUUACCGUAUUCCCAGUAUUAGUUGUGCAUUACAUUUAAUUUGCUUCUUUGCUGUGAGCCUGUGGCAGGUGUGGACUUUUUUAUGAAUUCGCAGUUCAUAAAAGGUCUCAUAUUACUCGAUUUUCACACAUGUUGAACGCGCAAACUUGAAAACUACCACUUCAUGACAUCACAAGGUGGGACAGAGCAUUUUGAGCUUUGUAGAUGUAGACAGACUAAUAAUAAAGUGUUACUCAAACAUGUGUGAAUGAAACAAAACACAACUCCAAGGCUGUUUUUGACGAGGGAACAGCUUUCGAACACGACUUUUGCGUAAUAUUGAACGUUUAAACACGCGAUGAAAUGGUGAAAAUAAAUAAGAAGAGACACGUUUGAACCAGAUAGCAGACAUUACUUUAGGGGAAACAUUUGUAUUUGUUUAAAACUCAAAAAGUGCAGAGUAAAUUAAAACGUUCUUCUUCUAUCACCCCAGAUUCUGCCGUUGCACAGCGCCCCCUAUCACUUCCUGACUUUGGUCCAAACUGUAUAAACAUUUCUUUUUGUUUGUUCACAUCCAGAGCGCACAUGUCAGUGUUUAACUUUGCAUUUUUUUUGUAAUGAAAGCAUCUCAAGUGAAUGGCUCCAUUGUUUAAACAGUAUUAACAAUUUACAACCAAAGACGUCACACGCUUCUUCGUCCUGCUUUUUUUGGGAUUUCACAAUUAUUCCUCGCUGUUUUUGUUUAAAAUGCUUUAGUUUUUCCUCGCCUUGGAGUGCAUUGCUGUACUUGUGCCUGUAGGAAUGCUGCAAGCUUGAGAUUAGAGGGAAAAAAAUCCUGCCGUUUUUCCCUGGGGGGAGCGCGACGUCGAGUUGGGGGAGGAGAGGAGGAGCGCUGAACCAAUAUGUGUGUGUUUUUUUUUUAUAUUUUGAAGAAAGAAUGUUGAGUCUGCAACAAGAGCACAGUGGCAGGUCUGGAACCAAUCAGUACAGGAAGCCAAAAGGGUCAAAACGAAGAGAGAAAAAAGGGAUUUGAAAAAACUGAGGAGGAGUUUGUGAGGAAGAGGCUUUGAAGAGAAAGAGCAGUGUGUAAAUCGUGUCCUGGGUUAACCCUGUUCUCUGCUGGAUUCCACACUGGCCGUAAAUAUGUCAAAAGUACAAAUGCCAGCUUUUUGCUUCGAAUGUGAGGCUGUUGUGAAGGUGUGACAGGACUGGGUAGUGCUUCAGGCUAGCUUUAAAAGAGGCUACUGUCUUUAGGACGGUAGUUAGCCCUGUCACGAUAACACUUUGUGACGAUAAAUGAUAAUAUUGAAAAUCAUUUACGCCACUGACACAAAGAUCCUGAAGUAGAAUUAUCCCCAAAAAACUAUUUUAAAUGUGCAAUAUGAUUAAAAAAACAUGAAAAAUAAACAGCAGAAUGAGACAGUAGUGAGUUUGUGGCUAUAAUUAAUUGUUCAUCCAACCCCCACAGCUAAAAACUACUCGUAGAACAGAAAAAUAACAAAAAGUUACCGACUCCAACUAAGAAAAAGUCCCCCCAAACAUGACUGUUCUAUCGUCAUGUACUGAAACAUAAGUCAAUGUAGUAUUCAUCAUAUUCAAAGAGUUUUCAGACAGGAGGAGCUCGGAGUAGAGACACUGCUCCUCCACUCCAUGACGCUCCUCCGGGGAAGACCCAGGACAUGCAGGAGGGACUGUGUCUCUCGGCUGGCCUGGGAACGCCUUGGGGUUCCAAUCGAAGGAGCUGGAAGAAGUGUCUGGGGUGGGGGAGGUUUGGGAGUCUCUGCUUAGACUGCUGCCCCCGCGACCACAGAUAAGAGGAAGAAAAUGGAUGGAUGUUUUUUAUCGUGACAGGCCUAGUGUAUCAGAGUUCAACUUAAAAAUUGAGAUUAAAACGGAAAGUCAGAGGUUGCUAAAAAUGAUAAAUAUAUAUAGAGAAAGAGGGAGGGAGAGAGAGAUGGAGGGGAAGCGUCCGUCUGUUUGGUCUGCUUUGGGCUGGUUUGGUUCCAGUGCACAUUUUGCUCUUGCUCUUGUCCCUGUGAAUUUUACAUGAAGCACGUGUUUUUGGUCAUUUUUGUACAAAAUAAAGUCUCAUUUUUAAGUU